AUGGCCGCCGUCGGAUCAGAUGAGAUUUUGCCCUCCUCGGGCAUGGCAUCCCCGACUUCGAUCUCGGGCCAGGUUCCAUUGGAUCAAGCCCCCAGGCUAAAGGGACGCCAUAGGCUGUUGCAGAAUUUACAGCGCAUCUCUUCCAGCCCGUCGCUAACAAGACGGGCCCGGUCUCACUCGGCCGGCUAUCAAAGAGACGGCAAGGCGUCUCUGUCCUGUGUCUCCCUCUCGCCCGCUCAGUGCUGGGCAGAUCCCAGUGCCUCGUCACCCUCACAGAUUUAUGGUGCCCUGGGUACCAACUCGCCUCCAUCGACCGCCGCUCCGUCCCCCGGCAGCGUUCGUAUUCGCACCAUUGAAGCUCUCCAGAAUGGACCGCAGACGAGUGUCCCAUUGCCGGCGGAUGUGCGCUCUGCCUCUAGGAGUAUGCUGCGACAAUCUUCCGAGUCCGGGUUGGAGGAGAUAGAUCAGACAACUGCGACAGACGCCCAGCAAGUGACCCAAGAGGUCAAGAGCUCCAUUAACUUCUGGCAAGACAUGCCUUAUGAGAUCCAGAUGUCUGUCUUGAGCUACCUGACGCCAACGGAGAUUGUCAGAUGCUCUUUAGUGUCCAAAGCUUGGCACCAGAAAUGUUUUGAUGGCCAGUUGUGGUCUCGGAUUGAUACCGCAGAAUAUUACACCAAGAUCUCAAGCGAUGCCCUUCUCAAGCUCAUCACGUCGGCCGGUCCUUUUAUCAGAGAUCUCAAUCUUCGGGGUUGUGUACAGCUCAGAGAAAAAUGGCUGUCAGACGGCGAGAAGAUUUCCGAUGCCUGCCGCAAUGUGGUGAACUUUUCUUUGGAGGGCUGUCGCAUCGACAAGACUGCCAUUCAUUAUUUCCUCCUUCGAAACCCUCGCCUAGAGUACGUCAACAUGUCGGGAUUGUCUAGCGUGACCAAUUCCGCCAUGAAAAUUAUCGCUCAAUCGUGUCCGCGGUUGGACACGUUGAACGUAUCCUGGUGUUCUCAUGUUGAUACUAAAGGUUUGAAACGAGUGAUUGAAUCUUGCCCAAGGCUCAGGGACUUGCAAGCCGGUGAAAUUUCAGGAUUCGACAAUGAGGAUUUUAUGCAAUUGCUUUUCGAGAGGAACUCCCUCGAAAGACUUGUGAUACAUCGAACAGACGUUACCGAUGAAAGUUUGAAAGUGCUGAUACAUGGCAAAGAGCCCGAGAUUGACCUAUUGACCGACCAGCCCAUUGUCCCUCCACGGAUCCUCAAGCAUCUAGAUCUCCACAACUGUGCCAAUCUUACCGACGACGGCAUUCGGUGUCUCGUCCGCAAUGUGCCGUUGUUGGAAGGUCUUCAGCUUUCACAGUGUACGGAAUUAACCGAUGACUCCAUCAUGGAGGUCGUCCAAACCACACCAAAAUUGACACAUGUUGAGCUCGAGGAUCUUGACAAAAUAACAAACGCCCUCUUGAUUGAACUGGCAAAAUCACCCUGUGCGGAGCGUCUGGAACAUCUCAGUGUCAGCUUCUGUGAAGCCCUGGGUGAUUAUGGCAUGCUUGCCAUAUUGAAGAGCUGCCCCCGUUUGAGAUAUGUUGAGAUGGACAACACCCGGAUUUCUGAUUUGUCUCUCAUUGAAGCCAGCUACCGGGUCCGCAGGCGUGGGUACGGGACUGAUCUUCCCCAGGUCGGACUGCAUAUAGUGGCAUUCGACUGCAUCAAUGUGACCUGGGCUGGUGUUCGCGAAGUGCUAUCCAGCAACUCCUACCUGCCUCGCGCAUUGAAAAGUUCCUCCACAGUAGUGACGGUCAGAGAGUCAGGCGAGGGGAGUGAUGAAACCCCAACACCAAGCAGUUCUCAGUCCCCACUCUCUCCCAUAAUGCCGGUUUUGAAAUACCCCAAGGAAAUCAUCCACCUCAAAUGCUUUUAUGGAUGGCAAAUGACCGUUGACGAGCACAACAAACGCGUGCUUCGCGGAUCUCUUACAUCGGCAAACAACCUCGCCCGAAAGUGGGCGGACUACAUGAUGGCGGCAGAGGAGGCCGGUACUGGCGGAGCUGGAGCCAGACGACGCAGGCGUCGUGCCCGUGAUGCAGAGAGGAUUUACAACAUCGAUGAUGACGACGAUGACAGCCUGGGGCCAUUCGUUGGUCGAAGGCGUCGCGCUCGAAGUGGUGGUUGCACGGUGAUGUGA